AUGGCCCCUGGAUAUCGCAGCACUCCGCAAGGCCUAGUCCCAUUGACUAUCUCAAAGCCCAGCACCAUGUCUCUACAAGCAGGCAGUCAGCCAUGGCACCAAACUACCGCAAUCCGACUAUUAGCUGACUCCCUGUAUGAGUCAACGCGCGUGUCAAUGGCCCUAACGAACCAGGCCCAAAAUGAGCUCGGCCUGCUUCUGACCGUACUAAGCGCGACCGAGGCGUAUACUUCCUCUCUAGGGGCGGAAUGCGUCCAUCUCGCAGUUUUGAAAAAAAGAUUGCACAGCUGCCAUGUUGUCCUGCUAGAAUUGCAGAAGCUGCUUCUACAUCCAGAUGCGCUCGGGGCUCAGAGUCUGGUUUCUGACAUUCGCGCGCGGCUCUCUUCGGUUAUUUUCGGGCUUACCGAGGUGAAUCUGAAUAUGAUGAUAUCAUCACAGAAGAUUAUUGAGCGCGCGCUGAGGUGCUUUAUCGAUGACAUUCGUGCUGGCACAAGGGAGGCCUUGGUUAUUUCUGAUAUUUUGAAGGAUUCCUCGAAGCUUGAGGAAGACAGAAUCUGGGCUCAGUUACAGGAAGAGUUGGUCGCUACUGGUAUUGCUUCGGAUUUGUUGACUCUGAACCGGGACUUCGUUCUCUCGACUUUUCAAAAGACAACAGAGACAUAUGGCCUACUGCCUGCUCACAGAGAGAACACGGCUCCGGUAGAGGAUGUCCUUGAAUCUACGGCACCAUCACAAACUCUGGAAUCGGAACGCCAGAGAAGCCUAGACGACAAGGACUGGCUAGCAGACGAACCAACUGGCCUCCCAUUUCUCCCGCUCCCGCCGAAAGGUUUCUCAUUUUCAGACAAGCGCAGCUCAUAUUCAAUCCAGGAGCAGCCAUAUUCCGAAAAAGAGACAAUACGAGAAGAAAACUUCCCAAUACCAGUGACAUUAGACAUGCAAGAUUGCACAGAUACACAGAAAGAAGCGUUACCAGUCGAAGACUUCCCCAUCCCAGUUCUUACAGAGAACAAUCAAGAUAACGACAUGAACCCCCCAAUACCAGUGACAGAACCUACCCAGCCAAAACCCUCACUAGACCUCCACGCCUUCAAAGUUUCCACACACUCAAAAAAGCCCCGCCGAAUGAGCCGCAUUCUAUGGGAAAUGACCAGCUCAAGAGAACCCUUCAUAGUCGCCAUAAAAGCCAACCAACACCAAACCGUGCAAACCCUCCUUUCCAAAGGCGCCGAUGCCAACACCCAAAAUACCGAUGGCACAACAGCCCUAAUGGCCGCCGUCUCCUUCGGCCACGAAGCCACAACCCGCAUUCUACUAGAAUACGGCGCAGACAUGAACGUACGGGCUCUGAAAGGCGAAACAGCGCUCGGCGUCGCCGCAGCGCGCGGCUUCGACCGCAUCUUGCGGAUGCUGAUUGCCUCAGGCGCGAAUAUCAAUGCGGGUAAGGGGACGGGCGAGACGGCGCUCUCGCAGGCUGCCGCGUAUGGACAGAAUCGAAUUGUGGAGAUGUUGCUGGACUGCGGGGCUGAGAUUGAUGCUGUUAAUAGUACGGGGGAUACGGCGUUGGCGCUGGCGGCGUUGAAUGGGAAUAUGAGGGUUGCGAGGUUGUUGCUUGAUCGGGGUGCGGCGGUCGAUCUUAUGCGGUAUCCUUGGCAGACGCCAUUGUAUAAGGCUGUUCAGUCGAAUGUCCUGGAGAUGGUUAGGCUUUUGAUGGAGCGCGGGGCGGAUCCGUAUGUUAAGGGCGGGAUUCGUCGGACAGAGACGGUUGUGGCUUACGCGGGGAUAAUGCAGAGGAGUGAGAUUUUGGGGGUUUUUGCGCAGUAUGGGUAUUAUCCUGGGGGAGGGGGACCGGUUCGAUAUCAAUAUUUCUAA